AUGUCUGAGGAGAAGCCUGUGACUAGCCGCAAGGACCGCCCAACAGGCUCCAUGCACGUUGGUGACGCUGACUUUGAUGUCAACGAUCCAGCAUACGAGAUGGAUGCUACUUGGGGAGAAGUCUGCACUGCUUGCUGUGUCAAGACGCCUACCGAGUGGGCAUUUGGUCUCCUCGGGAUCGCUGCUGUGUUCUUCUUCCUCUACUUCUUCCUUCUUGGAUUGGAUCUUCUUGGCGAAGGUGCAAAAGUCAUGGGUGGGUGUGCCGCAGGUGCUCUAUUCGGCGAUGACAUGAACCCCAUUGCCGGACUCAUGGUUGGUAUUGUUGCCACCGUCCUUCUUCAAUCUUCUUCCACCACCACUUCCAUUGUUGUCUCCCUUGUUGGAGCCGACACCGUCACUGUCAAGCAAGGAAUCUUCAUGAUCAUGGGUUCUAACAUUGGUACUUCUGUCACCAACACUAUCGUCGCCAUGGGACACAUGGGAGACGGUGAUCAACUCGAGCGUGCCUUUGCCGGAGCCACGGUCCACGACAUGUUUAACUUUUUGUCCGUGGCGAUCUUGCUUCCCGUCGAAGCCGCUACCGGAUACCUCUUCCACCUCACCGAGGCUCUCACCACGAAUUUUAAGGCCCAGGACGGAGAAAAGUGGGAGGGACCAGUCAAAAAGCUUGUUUCUCCCCUUGCAAGCCGCAUCAUCAUGGUCAACAAGAAGGUUGCUGGCGACAUCGCAUCCGGAAAGGCCACUUGUGAUACCUACUAUCCCAACAACGGAACUAUUUCUUGCGAGGAUUACAGUGAUCCUCUUACCUGCAAAUCCGGACUCUUGGCUUGUGACACGAAGGCUGAUGUUCCAUUCUGCCCUGCUUUCUUUGACCCCGAAGCAACUGAAUCCGUUGACCGAACAUCUGGAGUCUGCGCUUUCAUCAUUGGUUUGAUCCUUCUGUUCAUCUGCCUCUUUGCUUUGGUUAAGAUCUUGCAACGCAUUAUGAUGGGUGCUUCCACCCGCGUCCUCUACAAGGCCACCAACAUUAACGGAUACCUUGCCAUUCUCAUCGGAGCUGGUAUUACUAUUUUGGUUCAAUCUUCUUCCAUCACCACCUCCGUCUUGACUCCUUUGGUCGGCGUCGGUGCCCUUCGUCUUGAACAGAUGCUUCCUUUGACUCUUGGAGCCAAUAUUGGUACCACCGUCACUGGUUUUUUGGCUGCGCUUCUUGGUAACAAAAACGGAAUGCAAGUGGCUCUUGCACACUUGUUCUUCAACAUUACUGGCAUCGUCAUCUGGUACCCAGUUCCUUUCAUGCGUAACAUUCCUUUGAACGCUGCCCGUGCUCUUGGACGUUCCACCCGCCUCUUCCGCGGAUUCCCUCUCAUCUACAUUGCUGUUGCAUUCAUCGCCAUGCCUUUGGUCUUUUUGGGUAUCUCUUACCUCUUUUCCGAUGGAAACUCUGGACUUACCGCUCUUGGUUCCAUCAUUGUUAUCAUCUUGGCUCUUGCCAUCAUCUACACUGGAUACUUCUGCAAGUACCAAGGUGGUUCCGAGAAGUGCACCGAGUGCUUGGUUACCCGCGAAAAGCGCAACAACGCCGUCAGUAACCUUCCUGAUGACAUGGAAUGGUUGAAGGCCAAGGUUCGUGAGCUCUCUGAGCACACAGGACUUUCUGUUGAUGAAGAAGCCGGAGCCGAUGAGGCUUCCGAUGAAACCGAGCCCCCAAAGGAAGAGGAUGCCUAA